CGUCUAUCUACCACAGGUAGUCACUUCACUUCGCCGCUCGAGUCAAUCUAUGACUCUUUUCUCUCCAAACCGUCGCAGCGCCAAAUUUGCUUGCGAGACGCAUUCUACCCUCCCAUCCAUAUAUCUAUAUAUAUAUAAACCGGCACCUCGCGGCACCAGACACCAUAGUCUUCAGCGACAUCUUUCUCCAUCCACCCUCUCCGUCCCGCUUCCUGCCCGCUCCGACCUGCAUCAAUGAUUAUCAGGAUACGAACCUAAACGCUCACCCGAUAUGACGAGCAAGACCAUAAAGUCGUUACCGCACGAGAAGCGCAAGGGCGAGGCUGCCCUGAGCGACUUUGCCGAUUAUGUCGAGAAGCAGCAGGCACUACGGUACCCAAGCUCCAAGCCGGCCGACAUCUCCAAGAUCCCCGCUGCCGCCCCCGAGCACCAGCAUGCCGAGCUUGACGAGCUCUUCGACAACCUCGACCUGGCCGAGGCCACCUCGGGCGUUCGGUUGAAAGACCUUCUGUUGGGUACCGACGGCGGCACGCUUCAGCAGUUGGAGGGGGUUGUCCAGGAGAGGAUACUCGAGGGCCAUGGAGAGGCCAUCUUUGAGCUCGGCUUCGAGAGCAACGGCGAGUCGAUGGGGCUCACUCUCAGCCAGUGGAACGAUGCAUACACACGGCUGAAGGACGCGGCCAAAAGGAUACGCGCUGACUGCCAGACCCUCAUCACAAAGAACGUCGACGGCGAUAUGGAUGCGUCAAGCGCGAAACCCGGCAAGGACAACCACUGCACUGGCAAAAUCUUGAUCCGACAGGCUCCGGCGACCGUGGAGGAUGUCAUUGAGACCCGGAUAGCUGUUGUGGGCAAUGUCGACGCAGGCAAGAGCUCUCUUCUGGGCGUUCUGGUGAAAGGUGACCUCGACGAUGGUAGAGGACGGGCGCGGGUUAAUCUCUUCCGACACAAGCACGAGAUUGAGACGGGCAGAACCAGCUCCGUCGGCAUGGAGAUAUUGGGGUUCGAUACUGUUGGAGAGGUCGUUACCUCCGAGACCCCUGGGAGGAAACUGUCGUGGGAGGAGAUCGGAAAGCGCAGCGCCAAAGUCAUCACCUUUACGGACUUGGCAGGCCACGAAAAGUACUUGCGGACGACGGUAUUCGGGUUGCUCUCCAGCAGCCCCAACUACUGCCUGCUGAUGGUGGCAGCGAACAACGGUUUGAUCGGCAUGAGCAAGGAGCACCUGGGCAUCGCGCUGGCCCUCAACGUGCCCGUCAUGGUCGUCAUCACCAAGAUUGACAUAUGUCCGCCGCAGAUCCUCGAGCAGACCAUCAGCCAGAUCACAAAGAUUCUCAAGAGCCCAGGGGCGCGCAAGAUCCCCAUCUUCAUCAAGGACCGCGAGGAGUGCAUCAACACGGCCACCCAGUUUGUCAGCCAGAGGAUAUGUCCCGUGUUCCAGGUCUCCAACGUCACGGGCGAGAACCUCGACCUGGUCCGGACGUUUCUGAACAUCCUGCCGCACCACGGACGCUACGACUCGGACGCCCCCUUUGAGUUCCACGUCAACGACACCUUCUCGGUCCCGUUCGUCGGCACUGUCGUCUCGGGAAUCAUCAAGUCUGGCGUUAUCCACGCUGGAGACAACGUCCUCAUCGGACCGGACUCGUUAGGGCAGUUCACGACCACCAGCAUCCGUUCGAUCGAGCGCAAGCGACUGGGGGUGCCAGCUGCAUCUGCGGGGCAGUCGGCAUCUUUCGCCCUGAAGAAGGUCCGUCGCAAGGACGUCCGAAAGGGCAUGGUUGUCCUGCCCAAGCUCGAAGGACAGCCGGCUCCCAAGGUGCACAGAGAGUUCAUUGCUGAAGUAUUGAUCCUCUCUCAUGCCACCACCAUCAAGACCAAGUACCAGGCCAUGUUGCACGUCGGACCGGUCUCGCAGACAUGCGCGAUAAUCGACGUCGAUCGUCCGUACAUCCGGACUGGCGACAGGGCGACGGUAGCGUUCCGGUUCGUGCAGCGACCCGAGUACCUCGCUCCAGGCGACAGGUUGCUGUUCCGAGAAGGCAGAACCAAGGGCCUCGGGAUCAUCAAGUCGGUUGGCUACGACCCCAACAAACCGCUAUACCCGCACGGCGACGAUUCGGCACAGGGCGAGGACGGCGCGGCUCCGGACAACGAGGGGGAGAAGCCUGCCAACGGUCAGGCUAAGGCGUGACGGGUUGGCGUUUGCUUUUACUGUGUACGAUUGAUUGGCGUGUCGAGCGGUUUUUGACUAGAGCUUUGCAGGGGUCGGGUCUCAGCAUUGGGUUUCGGCGAUACCAGGUAUUAUAUUUUGUUUAGCAGGCGGGCCAUAGCAGCCUCGUACAUUCAUUGACACGGCGUUUGGGUAUUUAGAUGGACUGCGCGGCUGUAUAUCUCUGCGUGAUGGAGCCUCUUUACCACGUGUGUACUGCACUGGUCAGUCAAGCUGUAUGGACUCGGAAGAGCGGAUGUUGAAGUGUCGUUAGCUGUUU